UGGCCCAUAAGGCCCUGGGCCGGAAGCUCCGCUUUCUCUUCCUGUUCUCCAUCAUGGCGCAGGAUCAAGGUGAAAAGGAGAACCCCAUGCGGGAACUUCGCAUUCGCAAGCUCUGCCUCAACAUCUGUGUGGGGGAGAGUGGAGACAGACUGACCCGGGCAGCCAAGGUUUUGGAGCAGCUCACAGGCCAGACUCCUGUUUUUUCCAAAGCUAGAUACACUGUCAGAUCUUUUGGCAUCAGGAGAAAUGAAAAGAUUGCCGUCCACUGCACAGUUCGAGGGGCCAAGGCAGAAGAAAUCCUGGAGAAAGGGCUGAAGGUGCGGGAGUAUGAACUAAGGAAAAAUAACUUCUCAGAUACUGGAAACUUUGGUUUUGGGAUCCAGGAACACAUCGAUCUGGGUAUCAAAUAUGACCCAAGCAUUGGUAUCUACGGCCUGGACUUCUAUGUGGUGCUGGGUAGGCCAGGUUUCAGCAUCGCCGACAAGAAGCGCAGAACAGGCUGCAUUGGGGCCAAACACAGAAUCAGCAAAGAGGAGGCCAUGCGCUGGUUCCAGCAGAAGCUAUUGAAAUAUUUGAAGAAACUCUCCAUCUUGCCUAUUACAGUAGACAUUCUUGCGGAGACUGGGGUUGGGAAAACCGUAAAUAGCUUGCGAAAACACGAGCAUGUCGGAAGCUUUGCCAGGGACCUAGUGGCUCAGUGGAAAAAGCUGGUUCCUGUGGAACGAAGCACUGAGCCUGAGGAACAGGACUUUGAGAAGAGCAGUUCCCGAAAGCGUCCUCGGGAUGCUCUUCAGAGGGAGGAGGAGAUAGAAAGGGACUAUCAGGAAACCUGGAAAGCCUCUGGGAGCCAAUCCUAUAGCCCAGACCACAGGCAGAAGAAACACAGAAAACUCUCAGAGGUUGAGAGACCUCACAAAGUGUCUCACAGUCAUGAGAGGAGAGAUGAGAGAAAGAGGUGUCACCGAGUGUCACCAGCUUACUCUUCAGACCAUGAGUCUUCUGAUUACGGCCAUGUUCAGUCCCCUCUGUCAUCUGCCAGCCCUCAUCAGAUGUACGGGGACCACUACAGAUCCCUGGAGGAGGACCAUGAGCCUGUCAUUUCCCACCAGAAGCCUGGGAAAGGCCACAGCAAUGCCUUUCAGGACAGACUGGGAGUCAGUCAGGAACGACACAUGGGUGAACCCCAGGGGAAAGGAACUGUGAAUCAAAACAAGGAGCACAAGUCCUCCCACAAGGAAAAACGCUCCGGGGACUCCAAGGUGGAUGAAAAGGCUUCUGCUAUGAGCAGAGAAAAGUCACACAAGGCCCUCUCCAAAGAGGAGAACCGAAGGCCGCCCCCAGGGGAUAGCAUGAAGGAGAAGCUGCCCUCUAGUGGUGGCAAGAAAGAGAAGGAAAGAGAGGGCAGCAGCCUCAAGAGGAAGUGUUUGCCCUCGCUGGAGACUGCGUCAGACAACCACCUGAAAAAGCCAAAGCACAAAGACUCGGAGAAAACCAGGUCAGACAAAAACAAGCAAAGUCUGAACAGCCUGGACACAGGAAAGGGGGCAGGAGACCUGCUGCCCAAGGUAAAAGAGAAAGUUUCUAACAGCCUAAAGACUCAAGAAGGGAGAGUAAAAACUUCUCAUUCGGACAGAAAGUCUUUGGGCUCCCUCCCUAAAGUUGAGGAGGCAGAUAUGGAGGAUGAGUUUGAGCAGCCCACGAUGUCUUUUGAAUCCUACCUCAGCUAUGAUCAGCCCCGGAAGAAAAAGAAAAAGGUUGUGAAAGCUUCAACCACAGCACUUGGAGAAAAAGGACUUAAAAAAAAGGAUUCUAAAAGCACUAGUAAGAGCUUGGACUCUGUUCAUAAAUUGCCUCAAGUGAGUGAGAACAAGUCAGAGAAGCUGCAUCCGGCUGGAACCGCGUCAGCCAAGCCGAGAAAGGUCCCCGAUGCCUUGCCAGUGUUGCCAGACCUUCCAUUACCCAUGAUACAGGCCAAUUACCGUCCACUGCCUUCCCUUGAGCUGAUGUCCUUCCAACCAAAACGAAAAGCAUUCUCUUCACCCCAGGAAGAAGAAGAAACUGGAUUCACUGGACGCAGGAUGAAUUCCAAAAUGCAGGUGUAUUCUGGUUCCAAGUGUGCCUAUCUUCCCAAGAUGAUGACCUUGCACCAGCAGUGUAUCCGAGUACUUAAGAACAACAUCGAUUCAAUCUUUGAAGUGGGAGGAGUCCCGUAUUCUGUUCUUGAACCCGUUCUGGAGAGGUGCACACCUGAUCAAUUGUAUCGUAUAGAAGAAUACAAUCAUGUAUUAAUUGAAGACACAGAUCAAUUAUGGAAGGUUCACUGUCACCGAGACUUUAAGGAGGAAAGACCGGAAGAGUAUGAGUCGUGGCGGGAAAUGUACCUGCGGCUGCAGGAUGCCCGAGAGCAGCGGCUGCGAGUCCUGACAAAGAAUAUCCAAUCCGCACAUGCCAAUAAGCCCAAAGGCCGACAAGCAAAGAUGGCCUUUGUCAACUCUGUGGCCAAGCCACCUCGUGAUGUCCGGCGGAGGCAGGAGAAGUUUGGAACAGGAGGAGCAGCUGUCCCUGAGAAAGUCAAGAUUAAACCAGCUCCAUACCCCAUGGGAAGUAGUCAUGUCCCUGCCAGCAGCAGCAGCCACAGCUUUAACCCCAGCCCUGAUGAGCCGGCCUAUGACGGCCCCAGCACCAGCAGUGCCCACUUGGUGCCGGUGGUCAGCAGCACUGUUUCCUAUGACCCGAGGAAACCCACUGUGAAGAAAAUUGCCCCAAUGAUGGCCAAGACAAUUAAAGCUUUCAAGAACAGAUUCUCCCGUCGAUAAACUGAGGACUUGCCUUGGAGAUGGAAUUGGGGGGGCAGGAAUGCAAGGCCACUGGGGGUUGGGGAAUGGAGCUUCCACAGGAGACCAGAGUCUUUUGCUCUGUGGAACCUCUUGGUCUCUGAGUCCUGCGGUCUGCAGGUGCUGCCCCUGGAUCCUCGUGCCACAGCCCCGCCUCCCUGCCUGGAGCACACUUCAGAGUUCUGAAGAAGAUGUGAAGCCUUGGUCUCACUAAGGAUUUUAAGAUCAAUUAGACUUUUGUUGUUCAUUAGCACCUUUGCAAACUAUAAGACAUGAGUUUUAAUUAAUAAAUAUUGCCCCCAGAUUGUAUUUAUAUUA